CACCUGCAGGGGCGGGCCGGACAGUUGGAUGCCUUUACCAGGCUGGGGCAGGUGCUUCCUGUCUUGGGUGCUUCAGCCAUGACAGGUGAGGACUCCAUCAGCACCCUGGGCCUGAUCCUCGGCGUGGGACUCUCGCUGCUGCUUGUGUCCAUCCUAGGCUACAGCCUGGCCAAGUGGUACCAGCGCGGGUACUGCUGGGAGGGGCCUAAUUUUGUCUUCAACUUGUACCAGAUUCGGAACCUGAAGGAGCUGGAGGUGGGUCCACCCUUCACCAUCAGUGGCCAUGUCAGCAGUUUGGAUGGUGGCUACAUGAAGUUCUCUGACAGGCUAGUCUGAUGGGGCAGUGCCAGGCUCUGGAGCCCGGGAGAGGAGGAGCUCCUGGGGAGGCACCUGCUCCUCAUGGGCUCCCUGGGCUGCCUUCAACCUCUGGGGUCUUGUUGUGGAUGAUGAGGAGUCACUCCAGGUGCACCAUAGGCCUGCAGCAGGAGGACUCCCAUGAGGUUCUCUGGACAGAGUCUGGUAGGGUAGCACUGGCUUUCUCCUACAAACAAAAAGACAGGCAUUUGCCCAGGAGUAGAGACUGGUUCCCAGGAGCCCCCUGAGCCUGGGGAGGGGUUCCAGGUGUCCUGGAGAACAAAGGCCUCCCAGCUCAGCUCAGUGUGGGCAAGGCCUGCAGCCCCACAGAGGAGCUCUCCACGGGACAUCCCCAGGCACUUCCCCUUGAAGGGCGGACUCCAGAGGCCGGAAAACCAGUCAUAUCUUUAAUAGGCAAAGUCAUGUGGGAGUGGAGGUGAUUCCAGAUGCUGUUUUUAACCUUCCUACCAGAAGCCAACUUCCCCUAAGAGCUGAAGACUGAUCUUGGCCUUUGCCCUGCCCUGUCCCACUCUGUUGCUUCAUUCUGGUGCUUUCAACCUCCCCACACUUCUGUCUACCACUUGGCUUUGUUUUCCCUGACGCUGACCAGCCUCAGUGCCUCCCAAACCAUUUGGAGGUCAGUGCUUAAAACAGUCUAGAAAUACGAUCUUAUUUUGUAGGCUUCCGUGAUGGGUGGGCAGGGGUCGGGGGCAGAGAGCUCAGUCUCCCUGUGUUCUCCAUUUCCUGUGCCAGGCUUGCCCUGUGAUGGGGAGGGCAGACUAGAAAUGGUGGGAGUCAGGGAGGGACCCAUGCCAGGCUAAAAAAAAAACCCAACUAGCUAAUGCACAAGGGAAAUCAUGCACCACAUGUAAGUUGGUGGACAGCAGCACUCUUUGCCUUGUGAGUCAUUGUUUUUUCCUCUGAUCUGCCUUGCUGGACCUGAGGUGGUAUCCACACCCAUGUUGUCUUAGUAGGCCCUUAAUGCAGUGUUGUUCCAUCCAGAGAGACUGCGCUCCCAGGGCAGCUGUGGAUGGAGCAGGGCCUGACAGGGGCCCAGCCCCUGCUGAAACCUGUAGUUAGAACUACCUGCCCAUGUCCCAGCACCAAGGCCAAGAAGGCGAAGGAGCCGAGGACAGUGAUGGGUGCGGAGGAGAGAAGUCUUAGUAUUUGUCUUCCUACCUCACUUCCCCAGAGCCUGGUUUCUUUCUUGCUUUGGGUUCUAGCCAGUUGUGAAGAAAGGAAAGGGUAGGGGGAAGGGAGGGAGGAAGGGAGGAAGGAGAGGGGCCUUACCAGCCCCUACCCCCUCACAUCCUGCCAAGAUCUGGGGGGCCAUUCUCCCAGCGUAGCCAGGCUCUGACUUAAUAAACCGAAUCUCUAAAUUUGGACAUCUUCAUCUGGGCCCCAGUAUUUCUAUCCCUGAGUUGGUGAGUGUGGGGCAGAGCCCCCCUAGCUUCGGAUCCUUCUCUCUCUUGAAGGCUUUAUUGGGAGAGCAGCGAGGAGGGGGGAUGGGGUGACUUUGACAUCCUUCUUUGGAUUUCAGUGCUGAGGGCUGGGCCUCAUUCCUUAAUCCAUGGGAUGUCCAGCCUCAGCGAAAUUCUCCAUGAUGCCCCUUCCAGUGUGGAUCCUGGGGCUGCAGCCCAUAGGGGGCCAUUCUGGCUCCCUGAGUAUGCUCAGGACUCUGAGACCUUGGGGAAACUUGAAAGGAUGGGGCCCAGGGCCCAGAUGGUCCCGCCCCAGGUUUGGUGGCUUCAGGUAGGGACACAGGGACAGCUGCUGAGGGCUGGGAGAAUGGAGGGUAUUUCCCAUCCUUGGGAGCGGAACCGAGACUGGGCUACUUCCUCUUUCAGGGUCCUCUGACGUGUUCCCUGUCCCCUGCACCUCCUUCUUGUUUUCCUGACUUCCGCACUCAGUCCUGCUGAUGAACGCAGCAUUGCCCUUCACCCCAGGCCUCUCCCAAGGAUACAACGUGUUUUCAUUGAGAGCUUCAGAGAUGAUUUGGGAACAGGUGCCUGGAGAUCUGGCUGCGGGUCUGGUUGGGCUGGGCGGUAGGACCCAUGGCCAUUCCAGCACCUUCCCUAGACCCACCCUCCCCUCUUAGCUAUUCUUCUUUGCCCUGGCCCCAAGAGCCAGGAGACAGUCUGGAGAGCCAGCACUUCUCCGGGCUGCCCACUCCCAGUCCCUGUGCUACCCUGUUCCUUUUUAGUGUCUUUGCCAGGGCUUCCCAGAAUGCCACCUCCCUCCCUGCUGACCCCUCCUGAGCCACAGCUCAUCUCCAUGGUUGGCUCAAGUGUCCUCUUCCCUGUGGCUUUCCUCAGGACUCCAUACUCGUUACCACUCAUUUGAUCCUGAUGGCAAGUGGCCAUGAUUCUCCCAUUUGUGCUGUCCCCCCUUGCCAGGGUGAGCCCUCUGUGGGCAGGGUUAUGGCCCAUAGUCUUCAGUAACCACUAAAAGGAGGGUCCGUAGGAGGUACUCAGUAAAGGCCUGCUGAGUGGAGUAGAAUCCACACUGUGGUGACGGAAGGCUGCCUGGUCCUGGAGAAAGAUGCCCUGGUGACCUGAGAAGGAGCAGGAACCGCUUGCGCAACACACAGUCUACAGAGAGCAAAUUACUUUCGUGCGCGCUACUGCGGCUUGAACCUUGUGGCAAACUUGUGACGUGGGCACCGUCGCUGGCUGCAUAUUGCAUUUGGCGAGACGGAGGCUCAGAGAGGUAGCACGCUUUGCCUAAGGCUGCACAGCCACCGACAGCAUUGAGGCCUGAGGAGAGAGUGAGGCCUCACAGAUGCAGCCUGACCACAGGCUUAGUGGGAUGAGGAUGGAACCCUGGAGAAUACAGUCUGGUCUGGACUUGCCCUGCUGUGCUCUGGGGCCAAGAGUUAGUCAUUCACCACCAUGGGCAUAUAUUUUAGCAUCUGGAUAUCGAGGAAUCAGAUUACCUGUCCAAGGCUCCUCUCUUUACCUGAAGGAGAUGAAGGACCUUAUCUGUUUCUGUGCCUUUUU